AAAUUUAAUAUUAAAUUGAACUUGGCCAGAGCGUUUGGCAGCAUUACUAGUUCCGAAUCCGAUUGGGCAAGACGCGACCACCGAUCACUCGCGAUCACUAGAACACUGCGCGAUCGCGAUCAAUUUUUUCUGAAUUCUCUUCUUGGAGUGUGUGUGUUUUUUUUUUUUUGGUUUGUUUCGUCUGGAGUGCCGCUAGUGGAAGCCCGAUGAUGGCCAGCAAAACGAAUCUGCAUCUUAGUCUGGGACUGGGACUGGGUCUGGGUCUGGUCUUUGCCUGCUCGUUGCUGUCUCUGGUGUCUGCCCAGGAUAACAAUGUGCUCUUCGAGACAAUCAACUUCCUGCGACGCGGGCAGGCCGACGUCGACCUGGAGAACUACGACAACGGGCUGGUCCUGGACACCGAGUACGAUUUCAUUGUGGUGGGAGCCGGCACCGCGGGCUGUGCCCUGGCCGCCCGCCUCUCGGAGAACCCCAAGUGGAAGGUGCUGCUGCUGGAGGCCGGCGGGCCGGAGCGGCUUGUCAUGGACGUGCCCAUUGUGGCCCACUUCCUGCAGCUGGGCGAGAUGAACUGGAAGUACCGCACCCAGCCCUCGGACCAUGCCUGCCUCGCGAUGAACAACAACCGCUGCAACUGGCCGCGUGGCAAGGUGAUGGGCGGCAGCUCCGUGCUCAACUACAUGAUGUACACGCGGGGAAAUCGACGCGACUACGAUCGCUGGCAGGCGCUGGGCAAUCCCGGAUGGAGCUACAAGGACGUCCUGCCGUACUUCAAGAAGUACGAGGGCAGCAGCGUCCCCGAUGCCGAGGAGGACUAUGUCGGUCGCAACGGACCCGUCAAGGUCAGCUACGUCAACUGGCGCUCCAAGAUCUCGGAGGCCUUUGUCGACGCCGCCCAGCAGGAUGGGCUCAAGUAUCGCGACUACAACGGACGCAUCCAGAACGGCGUCGCCUUCCUCCACACCACCACCCGCAACUCGACCCGCUGGAGCUCCAACCGGGCCUACCUCUAUCCCCUGAAGGGGAAGCGCACCAACCUCCACGUGAAGAAGAACGCGCUCGUGACCAAGGUGCUCAUCGAUCCGCAGACGAAGACGGCCUACGGCAUCAUGGUGCAGACGGAGGGACGCGUGCAGAAGGUGCUGGCCCGCCGGGAGGUGGUCGUGUCGGCGGGGGCCAUCAACACGCCGCAGCUGCUGAUGCUGUCGGGCGUGGGGCCGGCCAAGCACCUCCGGGAGGUGGGCAUCAAGCCGAUAGCCGACCUGGCGGUGGGCUACAACCUGCAGGACCAUACGGCCCCGGCGGUGACAUUCACCACGAAUGCAACGUCCCUGAAGUUCGAGGACUUUGCCGAUCCGACACUGAUCAAUAGAUUCAAUCGGAUGGAGGGGCCCUACGGAUCGCCUGGAGGCUGUGAGGCCAUUGCCUUCUGGGACCUGGACCAUGAGCGCGACGAGGAUGGCUGGCCGGACAUUGAGCUGUUCCUGGUGGGCGGCUCCAUGUCCUCGAAUCCGGCCAUCUCGCGCGCCUUCGGACUGAAGAAGUCCAUAUACGAUGCGCUGUUCGCCGAGAUCGAGGACAAGUCGCUGAACGCCUUCAUGAUCUUCCCGAUGAUACUGCGGCCCAAGAGCCGCGGCCGCAUCAUGCUCAAGAGCAGCGACCCCUUCAAGUAUCCCCUCAUCCAUGCCAACUACUUUGCCCAUCCGUACGACGUGGACAUCUCGGUGCGGGGCCUCCUCAAGGCCGUCAGUCUGAUGGAGCAGCGCGGCAUGAAGGCCAUCAACGCCCAGCUGUGGGAGCGCAAGAUCCCCACCUGCAAGCAGCAUCCCUACAAGAGCUGGGCCUACUGGGUCUGCUAUGUCCGCCACUUCACCUUCACCAUCUACCACUACUCGGGCACCGCCAAGAUGGGUCCCAAAUCGGACCGGGCCGCCGUAGUCGAUGCCCGCCUCCGGGUCCAUGGCAUCCGCAAUCUGCGCGUCGCCGAUGCCAGCAUCAUGCCCGAGAUCAUGUCCGGCCAUCCCAAUGGGCCUGUCUUUAUGAUUGCCGAAAAGGCGGCCGAUAUGAUCAAGCAGGAUCAUGGCUUCAUCCCGUGAUUAUUCCACUCCCAAUCCCCCAGUCCAAAGUUUCAUCAGGUCUAAGCCCGGUUUGCACAAGGCCAAAGUCCACUGCCCAUCCCCCCACUUGUCCCCAUCGUUUGCAUCGUUGUUUUGUAUUCUGUUUAGUCAUACAUUUACCAUCUUUUAUGUCUCUCCAUCAACCUCCCCGAGUUGGCCAAGUGCGAAGGGGGCUUAAGUUUUAGUUAAGGCAUUCUUAACGAUUCUUUGUUAUUCUUAGUGUACCUCUCUUUAGCCUGAACUGAUUCUAAUUUAAGUCUAGACCCGUAAGCUCCAUGAAUAAAUCUCUUAAGAUUAUCAUAUACCAU